UUUCACUUCUUGCUGUUACCUGUCCGGCCCCGGCACUGCGCGCUGGCACAGCCCCGAGCCCGGAGCUGCCGGGGCGAUGCGCAGGAGGCUGAGGCGGAGCGCUCGCUCCCCCCGGCUGCCCCGCUCCUCCAGGAACGAGAGCCACGGGCGGCACCCCGGCCGAGACACCCUGCUCUUCGCUGCCCUGCGUUAAGUCGCUUUUCUCUUUGUUUCUUUACCCACUUUUUUUUUUUUAUUUAUUUCAUCCGGUGUUAGCGUCGCCUCGGGAGAGCGGAGGAUGAGGAGAGAGCGGACCCGGGGGUGAAGGACCUUCCUGGUGGUGUUGGUACACCUGGGGCUGUCCGCCCCGCCACGCAGCCCCUGCUGCGGGAAACUCCGCGUUUUCCUUGCCUGGAGCCGGGAGCAAGGCAGAGACCGAACCCUCCUCCCCGGCAGGAAGAGCUCCGGCGUGGCAGGAGCCGCUGGAAAAGGGAGCGGUGCCUUUCCCAAGCUGCGCCUUGAGCCGCGGAGGGUGAAGCUAAGCGUGUGUUUAAAGGCUGGAGAAUAAUUAAUUCCUAUUUACUGCCGACAUCCGGCGCUCUCUGGGGGCACAGAGCUCCCUCGGGAGAGGGGUCCGGCGUGCGGGGUCACCAUGGCCUUCUCCCAGGUGCAGUGCUUGGACGACAGCCACGUCAACUGGAGGUCCAGCGAGUCCAAGCCCGAGUUCUUCUACAGCGAGGAGCAACGCCUGGCCCUGGAGGCGCUGGCCUCCCGUGGCCCCGACGCCUUCUAUGAAGUCCUGAAGAGGGAGAACAUCAGGGACUUCCUGUCCGAGCUGGAGCUGAAGAAGAUCCUGGACACGCUGGAGACCUACGACCCCGGCUCCGAGUACAUCCCGCGGCACGGCAGCAGCGCCGGCGGCAGCGAGGGCGACGGGAACAGCCAGGGGGACGAGCAGGACGUGGCCCCUUCCCUGGAGUACUGGCCCCAGCGCUCGGACCGCUCCAUCCCGCAGCUGGACCUGGGCUGGCCCGAGACCAUCGCGUACCGCGGUGUCACCAGGGCCACCGUGUACAUGCAGCCGCCCAUCGAGGGCCAGGCGCACAUCAAGGAGGUGGUGAGGAAGAUGAUCUGCCAGGCUCAGAAGGUCAUCGCCGUGGUCAUGGACAUGUUCACAGACGUGGACAUCUUCAAGGACCUCCUGGACGCCGGCUUCAAGAGGAAAGUGGGAGUCUACAUCAUUUUGGAUGAGACCAACGUGAAGCACUUCCUGCAGAUGUGUGAGCGAGCCCACAUGCACGCUGGACACCUGAAGAACCUGCGCGUCCGCAGCACCGGAGGGACCGAGUUCUUCACCCGUUCGGCCACCAAGUUCAAGGGGGCUUUGGCCCAGAAGUUCAUGUUCGUGGACGGGGAUCGAGCCAUGUGUGGCUCCUACAGCUUCACCUGGUCGGCGGCGAGGACAGACCGAAACGUCAUCACGGUGCUGUCGGGGCAGGUGGUGGAGGCGUUUGACAAGCAGUUCCAGGAGCUCUACCUCAUGUCCAAGGGGGUGAGCCUCAAGUCCAUCUCCAUGGGCGAAGAGCCCGAACCCGAGCCCGUGACGCUGCCCUCGGUGGUGCCGGUGACGCCCGCCAACGCCGUGGUGAAGAAGCUGAUAAACCCCAAAUAUGCCCUGGUGAAGGCCAAGAGCGCCGACCAGAUCAGCAAGACCUCAUCCGAGAACCAGGACAAAACCCAGAAGGCUGACAACAAAGGCAAAGCACCUCCCGAGGGCCAGGGGGGCGACCGGCACGGUGACGGGCCCGACCUCUCCCUGCUCAUCCACCCCGGCCUCCUGAACCUGGAGAAGGCCAACAUGUUUGACUACCUGCCCACCUGGGUGGAGCCUGACCCCGAGCCCGGGAGCGAAGUCCUGGGCUACAUCAACAUCAUCGACCCCAAGGUGAAGAACGCGAAGCUGUCGCAGAUGAACCGCAUCAAAGUCUGCGACGUCUCCCAGGCCAGCGCCCAGCACCGGCAGAUGCUGAAGAACAGGGAGAUGGAGGCCAGGAGGAACUCGGACCAGGAGCUGCCUCUGCUGUCCCCCAGCCACAGACAGACCCCACAGCCCCCCAUGGAAGCUCCUGCAGCCCCCACAGCCAGCCCCACCGAAGGCGUCGGCUGGACACCGAGGCAAGUGGGGGCGUUUGCCUCUUCACCAUUGGGCCACCAUUCGAAGCCACAGGAGGAGGCAUUGGAGGAUGUCAGGCCUCCAGUUCCAAAGCCAAGGACUGUCCCCGUUGGUGGCCUCAUGACCAAAGUCGUUGCAAGCGGUGACAGUGGCACUGCCCUGGAGGGGGACACACGGCCACCGCCGGCCGACCACGUGGGCGUGAGGCAGGAGGAGAAACCCAGCCGAGCUCCCGUGGACAUCUGCCACGUCCAGCCAGGGGCAGCUCCACAGGAGGACAAAGGGCCUCCCUGCACCCACAACGGGCUGGCACAAGAGGAGGAGGAGGAGGAGGAGGAGUUCAUCACCCUCAGUGACCAGGACAGCUACUCCAGCAGCUCUGCUGACCACAGCUACCGCCGCUCCAACGCCUCCUCCAUCUCGGACGAGUACUUUGAGGUGAGGGAUCGCUACGGGCCCCUCCGGAGAACCAACUCGGACGUCACCCACAACGGGGAGAUCCUGCCCAUGCAGAGGAAGCUCAGUGACCCUCACAUCACCCGGGGCACCUUCAUCAGCCCCCUGGGCAGCCUCCCCUCCCUGAAGCACCUGCGCCUGGAGGAUGUGACGAGGAGGAGGAGCAACGCCAUGGAGAUCAGGCCCAUGCUGCCCCGCAUCAUCCUGGAUGGCAACAGCUCCUACCCCAGCAGUGCCGCCCAGGGCACGCACAUCUUCCGCUACCGGCCCAGGGCCCCGGCAGGCAGAGAGCCGGGCAAGGAGCCCUCCUGCUCCCCCACGCACGAGAAGCCCCUCGGGGCCACCAAGCACAGAGGGGAGGCAGCAGAACCCAAAAAGACCAUUGCAGGCAGCCAGCCCUACUGGCACAGCAAAGCCUUCAGCCCCAGCAAGCCCACGGCAGCCGGGCAGCUGCCCCCCAGCAAGCCCAGAGCGUCGGGCAAAGGCUUCAGCUCCGUGCCCGAGGGCCAGAAGCCGGCCGAGGAGAUGAGGACACCGCUGGGCAUCCCGCUCUCCAAACUGUCCCAGUCCAAGCACCUCAAGAACAAGGUUGUGGGGGCCCAGGGGGCUCCUGCGGACUCCAAAAAGCAGCCCCCCGAGAGCACGGGCCAGAAGGAGCAGUAGGGGCUGGUGGAGCCCGGGCUCCUCGGGGCAGGGGGUUCUUGUUUACAUUUGCCUGGUCGGUGCACCAGUACCACCAGUGAUGGACAGCCCAGAUCAUCCCUGUCCAGGGCAGAUCUCCAGAGCGGCUCUCGGAAGAGGCGCGGGGCAUCCGCCCUGGGCAGGGGGCAGGAGGUGUGGGGAACAAUCCUGGACGGCUCAGCCUUUGAAGAGGCCUCUCCCAGGCUGGGGUAACCUCCACCCUCGUUAAAAGCUGGAAAGCAUCUUUGGGGGAUAGAGUGGUUAGAGUGGAGCCAAACCCAGCGGUCUGUGGGAUCAGCUGGCAAAUCCCAGCCAGAUCCCUAACCCAGAGUGCUGCCUGGAAAGGGGGAAUCGUCCCUGGUGGUGUUUUCUUCUGGUUAUUUAAGAGACUCUUCUGUUACCAUUUUGCACAGCAGGUCCCACUGCAGUCUGCCCUCCCUUCAGAGGGUGACCCGUGUCCUGGCACAGAGACUCCUCAAGGGACCCACCUCUUUUAACCUUGUACUGUAAAAAAGCAACCUGUUCAUUAAAGCUCCCUGGUCCCACAGCAGGAGAACCUCGCCUAAGACUAUUAAAAUGCAAGACUGGGUAGCCUUGGACUCAAUAAACUGCUGCUCAAGGUGCCUUGGCACAAAUGUCCAGCCAAAUAUUUUCUACCCCCUCACCGAGCAUUUCCCCAGCACCUCCAUGUGCUCCCAUCCCCAAACCUCCA